ACCUUUGCCGUGAUCGGGGAUCCCAUCGACCACUCGCUGUCGCCCAACAUCCACAAUGCCGCGUUUCGCAGCCUGAACCUUGACUGCACCUACAUAGCCUACAGGGUUCUGGCAGACGAGCUGGAGAGCGGCAUUGCCGCACUGAAGAGUAUCGGAGUGGCCGGAUUCAACAUCACAAUCCCGCACAAGAUCGCCGUCAUGCACCACCUAGACGUGGUGGAUGAGAACUGCAGCGUCGUCGGGGCGUGCAACACGGUCUCAAAUGCCGGCGGUACCCUGAAAGGGCACAACACCGACAUGGAGGGAUUCCUGGAUCCCAUCAGGAGGAGGGGGAUUCCCAUCAGGGGCUCACGGGUGCUGCUGCUGGGAGCAGCCGGGUUUGCCCGCGAGCGCGCCGAGUCCAUCACCGUGGCAAACAGGACCCUGGCCCGCGGGGCGUCCCUUGCGGGGUUUGCAGAGGCGGCAGGCCUGCAGGCCAGAUACGUCGGGCCUGACAGGAUCGGCCCGCUCUCAGAGUACAAGUUUGUCGUAAACGCCACGGCGGUCGGGCUGAAGGGCGAGCUCUCCCCACUGGACCUUGGGACGCUGGGCCCGGACUCGGUGGUGUACGAUAUUGUUUAUAGGCCCAUGAAGACAGAUCUGAUAGCAAAGGCUGGGAAGAUGGGAGCAACGAUAAUCUACGGGUACGAGAUGCUGCUGGGCCAGGCGGCGCGGGCGUUUGAGAUAUGGCACGGCACAGAGGCGCCAUACGGCGCCAUGAAACGCGCCCUGCUGGGGGGCGUCUGA